CACAACCAGCUCCUCCCAGGCAGGACAUGUCUGUGUCUCCUCCCUUCACAGAUGUGUAUGUGUAAGAACCAGUGAACAACAGGCUGGGAGCAGUGGGAGCUGAGUCACUGCAGGGAGUGAACGAGAGGGGGAGGAGCAGAGAUCUGUUUCUGUUCAGAGGAAGUGAAACUGUUCUUCAGUCUCUGGCAGCAGCUGAAAUGGCGCAGCAAGAAAAUCAACUGGACAGAGAAAGAUUCUCCUGUUCGAUCUGUCUGGAUCUACUGAAGGAUCCGGUGACUACUGGCUGUGGACACAGCUUCUGUAAGAGCUGUAUUAACACCCACUGGGACCAAGGGAAGGAGAGAGGAAGCUACAGCUGUCCUCAGUGUAGAGAGACCUUCACACCGAGGCCUGUCCUGGGGAAAAACACCAUGUUAGCUGAUUUAGUGGAGGAGCUGAAGAAGACUGGACUCCAAGCUGCUCCUGCUGAUCACUGCUAUGCUGGACCUGGAGAUGUGGCCUGUGAUCUCUGCACUGGGGGGAAACUGAAAGCUCACAAGUCCUGUUUGAAUUGUUUGGCCUCUUAUUGUGAAAAACACCUCCAGCCUCAUCUUCAGUUAGCUCCUUUUAAGAGGCACAAGCUGGUGGAGCCCUCGGAGAAGCUCCAGGAGAACAUCUGCUCUCGUCACGACGAGGUGAUGAAGAUGUUCUGCCGCACUGAUCAGCAGUGUAUCUGUUAUCUCUGCUCUGUGGAGGAACAUAAAGACCACGACACAGUGUCAGCUGCAGCAGAAAGGACUGAGAGGCAGAGAGAGCUCGGGCUGAGGAGACAGACAAUCCAGCAGAGAGUCCAGGACACAGAGAAAGACGUGAAGCUGCUUCAACAGGAGGAGAAGGCCAUCAAUGGCUCUGCUGAUAAAGCAGUGGAGGACAGUGAGGAGAUCUUCACUGAGAUGAUCCGUCUGCUGGAGAAAAGAAGCUCUGAUGUGAAGCAGCAGAUCAGAUCCCAGCAGGAAACUGAAGUGAGUCGAGUCAGAGAGCUUCAGGAGAGACUGGAGCAGGAGAUCACUGAGCUGAAGAGGAAAGACCAUGAACUGAAGCAGCUCUCAGACACAGAGGACCACAACCAGUUUCUACACAACUACCCCUCACUGUCACCACUCAGUGGAUCUACACACUCAUCCAGCUUCAGGAUCCGUCCUCUGAGGAACUUUGAGGACGUGACAGCAGCUGUGUCCCAGGUCCACUGGAGAGUGUCCUGAUCGAGUCCCUGAGGGUUUGUUCUGCUGCUCUCAUCACAUGUGUUUCUUAUACAUGUCUAUAUUCAUUUAAAUCUCUUAUAUAUGUUUAUAGUAAUACAAAUCUAAUGUGUGAAGAAGCUGAAAUUUGAAAUAAAGAAUAAAUCCAGUC